CAAUCUUCGCAGACUCCUUCCCACAGUUCUACCAUUCAGGACCACCAUGCUGCUUACCACCGGUUUAUCUUCAAAGGUUACCGGCGGCUGGUUCAUCCUUGCCCAUCGGUGGUUUGUCUUCAGCGUUUCAGGCUGCGCCUCAAGCGCUGUGCAUCUAGUACAGUGCUUGGACGAGUCUCACUAAUGAUGGCCUUGUCACCCAUACUGUGGUCUCGUCAAUGGCCCGCUGUUGACUGGGAUGAUAUUCAUCUGUCCCUUUGCAUUAAACUCUAACUCCUUGCCUUCGAAUUCGACGUUUCGGCUUUUCUUCGUCACCAGGCCUCGGCAUGGAUAACGACAACAGCAACUCCCGUCCCAACUUUGUCGAUGACUCCGCGCGCAACUUCGAUCGCGUCUCUGAUCACGACCCUGAUCACGACUCUGAACACAACCCCGAUACCCCAUCUGAUUGCCCAUGGGUUGGCUUUUGUGUCCCUCGCCGGUGUCGCCUUUGCACCUACCUAAUUGAGCCUAACGAAUGGAUGGUAGCUACCAUUUACUCUGCGUUCAUAAAUAAUGAGCAUAGUAUUGAAGAUGUACCAAGAUUGAAGGAGGAGUUCAGGCCAUGCCCUCCAGCCUGUGCUCAUGAUCAGUCUUAUUUGAACGGAUCUGUCCCUGUAUAUCACGCAGAAUGUUUCGACUAUGCAAGCAAUCCUCGACACGACCUCCUCACCAUCACUGCCUUCUCGUUCGAACCAAUGCCAUCAUACGAUAUCAAACGAAAAAAGAGGAUGGUGCAGCUUCUGGCUACCAAAAUGGGUGAUAUGUGGUGUCACCUUCCUCAUGAGCUGUGCCUUAUGAUAUCCGAGCUUGUGUACACGAUUGCUACGCUACAAGGACUGUAUACUGCCCGUGAAGACCUACACCACAACCUGGAUUUCUCGCAAACCAUCUGGGCACGGUAUAUUGACAUUGGGGUUUAUAAAUACGUCUGUGAACUCUCCAGCAUAUGUCGAGCGCAAUGCUUUCGGAAAUUGUACGACCCGGAAAUGACCCCCGAUGUCAACAUCUUCUAUGUGCUAGAAGAUCACCUGGGCAUGCGGGACCUGCUCUUUUCUAGUACCGAUAGCAAGCAAAUGAAUCUUUCAUCCGACCAUCUUGAACCAGGAUUCUGGUGGCGGGUUCUCUCGUCCCCCCAGGUACUCCAGGCAGAAUACGAUGUAAGUGCCUCUUAUUCAUCCGAGGGUACACUUGGCCGACCAUUUUCCAUUUAUAAAUGGCGUGAAACUCCGAAUUAUGGUGAAUGCGUCCACAUAUUCAUCGAAUCUCCACAAUAUGACAUUCUCCGCGCCAUUGCCGCGGGAGAACGUAGCUGCCCUCAAGCUGUAUUGCCGCCCUCUAUAUCCUCUGCAACCUGA